GUUGUGAGUGGCAAGGGUUGAGGCACCGAUGGGCUCCCCGAGAAAUUACCCGGUGCCGGCUGGAGUGUGAUCGGGUCGCGGGGUCCUAGCUGUACCCACAAGGUCCCAUCCUGGGUCACCAAAAUGUUAGCGUAGGAAAACAUAACCACACAAAGGCGAUCAUAUGUGGUUCUUUAUUAGAGCGCGUGGGACACAGAGGCGGUGGGACGCCCAAAUCUUGUGCCCGAGGAUACAAAGUUGCUUUGUGAUUUUAUAGCUUCAAGUUACACAUACGUUAGCUAACAUCCACCCCUAGCUACUGGCUCUCCUAUUUCUUAGUUACUAUCUUAAAUCAUACCUUUGCUUUACCCUGAGUUAUACUUGAUUUGGUUAAGACAAUUCUUCCCAAUUAUCUCCCGGGCUGGAGUCACACUUGAUUUGGUUAAAACAAUAGUACGAUACUGGUUGCAGUAAGCUGAUGUUUGUUCCAAGGCCAGGCUGCGUCAGGUUUCAGGCCGUGCGUCUUCUAGCACCCCACCACUCGCAGUUAGCCCCCUGCCAUGCAGAAUUUUUUUUUUUUUUUUUUAACCCUCCACUAUCACCCUGAAGCCAAAUAGUACUAUUUGCUGAGGGGUUCCACAAAACGUCAAUCAGAGUUUUCAUUACAAAAAUUAAAACAAUUUUCACAUGGUUCUAAUUCAGUUCAUCUGUGAAGCAUCUAGCAUUUAGUUAUAAAUUUUUUUUAAAAUUCUGAGAACCAAACAAGGUGCUUAGUGAGCAAAUUCAUUUUGGUCUGAUUUUUCUUUUGAACAAAUCAAGAGUGGACUUUUACCAUGUAACAGAUACACUUUAAUUUGGCUCCGCUUUACAACCUCGCCCUGCACUUUUGACGACGUCAUGAGAACCACUCACAAGUGCAAACAUGACUGGGUCAGUUUCCUUCCCACCCAUCAUCAUCAUCACAAAAUUCGGGACCUCCGGGGGCCCUGCUCAGCCAGCGCCGAGGUGCUGAGGUACCAGGGCAGGUACCCGCUUGUCGCUGCCCAGGUUCGGAAGGUCGCGCACGGCAGAAGGGACACUGCAGAGGGGACACGGCACAGGGGACACGGCAGAAGGGACAGAACACGGGCUACACGGCGCGCUACGCGGCGCUGCCAUGGGGCUAGCGGCAGGGGCCUCCCCGCCCCGUGGGCGGGCGUAUGGGUGGGGCCGCAGGGACCAUGGCGGCGGUGGUGGCAACGGGCCGGACCGGGCGAGCUGCGGCGAAAGCUGAGGCUUAGCGGGCUCGGCAUGGCCCCGGCCCGGCUGUCGCUGCUGCCCCCGCUGCUGCUGCUGGGGGUCGCGGCUUGUGCCUGGCGGCCGGCGCGGGGCCGGGAGGCGCCGCAGACCCCGGACUGGCCGAUGACGCUGAAGACAAUCCGCAGUAGCGUGCACAAGAUCGUCAUGUACCUGAACGCGGCCCUCGACCUGAUGGGCGGCGAGGACAGACUCUGCCAGUACAAGUGCAGCGAUGGAUCAAGGCCUGUUCCUCGCUAUGGAUAUAAACCAUCACCACCAAAUGGCUGUGGAUCCCCUCUAUUUGGAGUUCAGUUUGACAUUGGUAUCCCUUCAAUGACAAGGUGCUGCAAUCACCACGACAGAUGCUAUGAUACUUGGGGCAAUAAAAAAAAAGAUUGUGAUGAGCAGUUUCAGACCUGUCUCUCAAAAAUUUGCAGAAAUGUGCAGAAAACACUUGGAAUCUCAGAGAAUGUCCAGGAUACAGCCAUCCGAACAGCUGAAAGAGGCUAGACACACGCCUCCAAGGUUAAGAAACUAACAGCCCCGAGGGAAAACCCCGAAUAGAAGGUCAUCUCUUCCCCCGGAGAUCUGAAGGUCCGGCUGCACCGAAGAUGCCAACACCCUAGAAACAUUAAGCUGCAGCCUAGAAGAGCCUCAAAAGAAACUUAAUAACCACCCGACAAGGAGGACUGAGAGAAAGAAGAGUAACCAAAAAGAAAGUGUUAGAACAUCAAGAAGAGUGAAUCCGGAGCUCCAGAAAUUUAAAGAGAAAGAACUCCAACCCCAGAAACAAAUGGCAGAAGAAAUAUCCAUGCGCUGCUCUGAACCUAGAUGCCCCUGCAAUCCAUAUAUCCAUUUCAAAUACAAUUAUUGUCUUGAAAUUUGAGUAGUACACUGCAAGUGGGGGUAGGGGGGCCGCUGGGGUUAUGCCCCAGGUGUUCUGAGGAAAAACAGACUCUGACUAUGCGAUUCUUAAACUGUGCCACACGUUUGAGAUUGAUAGAACCAAAUUAUCCCAGGUAGUUAAAGGGAAAAUUAGAUCUAAAGGCCCAAGUGUUAGCCACGGAGUGCCGUCGAACUAAUGUAGUGCCGUGGGUAGCAGAGCAAGUAAAGUAAUCUCAGUGAGGAAUUUUUAAAAAAAAGGAGGUGUGCCGUCCGAACCACCCCGAGAGUCCAAGCAGAGAGCCCCUGCUGUCGCGAAGAAACUUCCCCGUUGUUCGGUUGCAACCCGACAGACGCUGGGCCAGACAGAGGGAAGCCUCUGCAGAUCACUCCAGGGAGUGUGAACCAGGCUGUGCGCUCGGUGAAAGGCUAGCCCUGUGACAUAAGGCUCCUCCAAAAAGUUACCCCUGUUAAGACACAAGUAACUAGCUAGCACUCAAAAGCAGUCAGACAUAGGAAUUGGAAAGAUAGAAAAAAAGCAGAAAAGGCAAACAUAGUUCAAGAAUCGCUAGUCAGGUGUUUCUCCAAAGAACGGGAAACUCGAGAGAAGAAAACAAUUAAGUUAAAUACAAAACAUGAAUUAAAAUUAUUGACAAAAGAAAAGAAAUGGGGGAGUUGUGAGAAAUAUGGUUAUUUAAUUCAUGUUUUAUAAAUAAUUAUAGAUUGGGAACUGUGAUAUAUAUUGUAUGAAGGUAUGUGUGUGUCUGCUCAACCUGCACGUUUCACGAAUUUCUGUAAAGCACCUCCCUGAUCUUCCGGGUUCCAAAAAUAGAAGGUGAGAACACGAGGUGCUGAGGACUUACCCCUGCCUACGUGCAGAAAAACUCAUCGGGAUUUGCAACGGUCAAACGCUACGUGCCAGCAAAGACGUGCCGGCAAGGACUCACACCGGUCAUCACACACCUACUCAAAGCAAGGACUAACUCUGGACAUUAGCAUUUAAAUAUGCCUGGGGACCCUUUCGGGAUUUAAUGUAAAUAAAGUUAAUGGCCGAUGAUUAAAGAAACAAUGGGAGGAAGAUUGCCGAAGGGAAAGUUAAGGGUAUUUAAGUUGGGCCUUUAGGUGAGCAAAUUUGUGAACCCAGCUGGAGACACUGGCUGCCAGGUCCUGUGUCCCUGGGGUCACCCUUGACUCUGCUUUUCCCGGGAGAACUUCGGUCAAGUAAGUUUGCUAUUCGUAGAGUUCGUAUUGUUUUGUUUUUAUUGUUUGAAAUUGUUAUAAUUUAAUUCUAAAUUUUGUGAUUUAGAUGUUAAUAAACCAAACUAUUGAAUUUAGCAAUAAAUUUGUCCUAGCGUUUAUAACAGCAUAUAAAAAAUCUUUACUCAAAACUUAAAUGACCCUGUGUUGGUUUAGUCUUUCAUUUGACAAUCUAUUUGCUAUCCCCAGAGAAGAUUGCUUCAUUCUUAGAGUCAUUCUCAAUUUGCCAGUUUUCUCCUGUUAGUUUCAUAUUCCACUCAAAGAGUACUUUUAACUGAACUCUUCCUUGCUUGCAGCUUGUGAAUCAACCGUUCAGCUGCUUUUUGAUGCAGUUAUACAUUUAGGAUGCAAACCAUACCUGGAUAGCCAGAGAGCUGCUUGUAUGUGUCGUUACAAGGGCAAGACAGAUCUCUGAAAGAAGACACUGAGAUCUCAUGGUGUAGAAUAAAGCCGAAGAUUCAGCCAAAAUGAAGUAAGGCUUUUCAGACAGUGAUAUAUUAAACACUGACAUGAAUUUACUGAUUUGAAGAUCACUACAAUAUUCUUAUUCAUAUAGAAAAGAAACAAGUCAUCCUUCUCUCCAUUUUAUGCCAGAAGCUUGGGAACUGAAAUUGCUUUCCUUUGGUGUAUGUUCACCUAGAGUGUGCUGCUGUAAAGUGCUGGUGCCAUUUUAAUGUUCCCGAGAAAACCCAUAGUGGGGACAUCAGAGGCACUAAAGAAUUAUAUUGAAUUCUGAGAUGAUUUUUAAUACAGGUCAGAUUUUAGGUUUACUAGUAGUUGAAGCAUCUGAUGGGUUCGUCGGGAAAGAGUGUAUUAUGUGUAUCAAUAUAAGACAUCUUACAUAGCCUGUACUUGCGUGUUUCUGCUGCAAUUGCCUUCAGUUCUCUCUCAUGUAUGUGGUCCUGCAGGUUUGUUGUUAAAAAAACAAGGAAAAUGUCCCAAGCCAAUGUACAUGCGCUACAUAUUUAUACCUGAUUCUAUAUCAGUGCCUUACUUCUACAUCACUUUUCAGAUCAAAUAUGUUGAUCCUUUUAAGGGCUGUCCAGUAAAAUGAAGUUUACAGCCUAAGGAUAUACUUUUGAUUUGACAGAAUGGUGAAAUGUAGUUUCUAUGUUAUUUUUUAAAAAUUCAUUGAAUGUCUGUUUUUGAAUAAAACAUUUUGUGUUGUGUAUUGUAUGCAUGGAAAGGAUAUAUGUACAAAUACGUUGAUUUAUAUUUCUGUUGUGGCACAACUUGGCUACUGUAUUCAUCUUUGCUUUCAUUCAGUCUGUUCUGAUGAAAACUAAAAGCAACUUCCACAGUUAAGAUCAGUGUGCCCAAAAAACUUUUUAAGAUGUCCUCUGUGAGGCUGAUGGAUAUAUGAGCCUGUACUUCUGUCACCUGUUUCCUCUCUGACUUCUCUAGCUAAAAUCACCUGAUGUCUGAAUUACUUGGGGUUUGCUCUCUGUACUUGUUGCUUAUCUACAGGUGUCAGUCCUUAGUUAACUUCUGCAUUCGGUCCUCUGUUAGAAAGAUAAUGCUUUUGUUAAAAAGCAGUUCUGCUUUAGAUACUCAUAGGAGAGGAAUGAAAAUUAAAAUAUUGCAUCUGUGAACAGGUAAUAGAAACUAAAUGCAUAAAAUUCACUGAACUCAUGGACUGUAAUGUGAUGUAAUUUUGUGUGUUUUUUUCUUUAUCAGUUGUUGUUUUGGUUUGUUUGUCACUAGAGCUUAGUGUACAUGACAGUGAAUGUAAGGGCCUCAUAAAGACAAAGUUUUUGCUAAAAUUCUUUGGUCGUGCCUCAAGGUUUCUUUUCUUAAUUGUGGAUAUGAAGUAGCACUAAAAGAGAAGUAUUACUGUAGAGUUUUACAAAACUUUGCUAGAUGAACUGAUAGUUCCCCUUGCUUUGGUGACAUUUAUUUUCUUUGAUAGAAUUGAAACAAUUCUGAAUUACCCUGGAAUUCCAUGGUUGUAACCCUAAAAAUCUUUUUAUGUUAAAGCAGGGAAUGGUAAUGGCAUUGUUUGUUUAAAAUGACACAAGUACCACAACGAGUCCAAACCACUGUAAUUCAACCAGAUGAUGGCUUGUUGAGUUCUGUACAAAUGGGCUUAAACUAGGUGCUUAAAUGAAUGCAUAUCCUGGAUUUGGAUGGGAUAGAGUUAAUUUUCUUCCUAGUAGCUGAUGCAGUGGUGUGUUUUGGAUGUAGUGUGAGAAUAAUGAUGGUAACACACUGAUGAUAUAGUUGUUGCUGAACAGUCCUUACCUUAAAUCCAGGACUUCUCAGUUUAACAUACUCUGCCAGUGAGGAAGUGCAUGAGAAGCUGGAAGGAAGCAUGGCCAGGACAGCUGAUCCAAACUGCCCGAAGGAAUAUUUCACACAUUAGAGCAUAAUGCCAGUAUAUAAAUAGGGGGGAAUUUCUAUCCUAAUCAGCUGGGAGGUACCAACCGCUGCUUGGGGACUGGACAGGGGUGGUGAGCAACUGUAUUGUGUGUCACUUGUCUGUCUUGGGGUUUAUUCAUCUCUCUCUUUAUCCUUUUCAUUUUUAUUAUUAGUUUUGUUUACUUUAUGUCAGUUACUAAAGUGUUCUUACCUAAACCGAUGAGUUUUACUUUUUCUGCUUUUCCUUCUCCCCAUCCCGUGUGUGUGUGUCUAUGUGUGUACACAUAUGUAAUAUAUGAUGUAAUUCGUGUUCAUGCAAUAUAAAUGUAUAAUCAUUCAUGUUCAUGUAAUAUAAUGUAUCGGUGGUAUAAAAUUCAGCCACGUUUUAAGAGGAAUACGGUAGCAGUCACUCAGGCUUGGAAAUAAAGUGAAAUAAUUAAGAAUUGUGAACGCCCUUGCUCGAAACUCAGGCAAGGACCAUGAUUUGCAACAGGAAGGAGGGUGACUAUGAGAAGAGAUAAGCCCACUCUGGAGAUGGACUUGACAACCACCAACGAUUCUCACUUGAUAUGGAUCUAGACUUCAUCAUCUGGGGGUGUGCAUCCCAAUAUGAGAUUCCUUGAAGAAUCAAGUAUUCAUCUCUUCUUGAAAAUGCAAUCAACCUUCAUCUCUUCUCAAAAAUCCAAUCAACCGUCUGGCAGUGAGGACAGAAUUACAUGAAUAUGGAAAAGGAGUCAAAAAAGACAAAGAAGUAUGAAGCAAUGCCCCGUCUGACCAAAAACUGUAUAUAAACUGACCCUGCUGGAACUGAAAUCAUGAACAGGGGAGCUAUGGUGCAAUAGAGUCUGGAGCUAGGUUCACCCAGUGCCAGUCCUGGGCUCGACACUGACUUUGUUUGUGGCUUUUUCAUUUUUCCAA